AGCCGAGUUGGAGCAGAGAAGUUUGAGUAAGAGAUAAGGAAGAGACUAGUGCCCGACCAGCGCUGAGUCCGGCUCCGCAGCGCCUCUUCCAGUCCCACCACACGGGCAAAACUGGACUGCUCGGCAGCGCGAGGGAGGGCAGUGCCGCCCGGCGCCUCUGCCCCGCCUGCAGCCCUGCUGCCACUAGCUCACGCUUUGCUCUUGUUUUUUAGCAACAGCUUUCAAACCUACUUUGGGGUCUUAAAACGAAAGCGCACACCACCAUUCCACUGUGGACCAUACACCCUCUUACAGAUAUGGGAGACAUGGGAGACCCACCAAAAAAAAAACGUCUGAUUUCCCUAUGUGUUGGUUGCGGCAAUCAAAUUCACGAUCAGUAUAUUCUGAGGGUUUCUCCGGAUUUGGAAUGGCAUGCGGCGUGUUUGAAGUGUGCAGAGUGUAAUCAGUAUUUGGACGAGACCUGUACGUGCUUUGUUAGGGAUGGCAAAACCUACUGUAAAAGAGAUUAUAUCAGGUUAUACGGCAUCAAGUGCGCCAAGUGCAGCAUCGGCUUCAGCAAGAACGACUUCGUGAUGCGAGCGCGCUCCAAGGUGUAUCACAUCGAGUGUUUCCGCUGCGUGGCCUGCAGCCGCCAGCUCAUCCCAGGGGACGAAUUCGCGCUGCGGGAGGACGGCCUCUUCUGCCGAGCAGACCACGACGUGGUGGAGAGGGCCAGCCUGGGAGCGGGGGACCCGCUCAGCCCCCUUCAUCCCGCCAGACCGCUGCAGAUGGCAGAACCUAUCUCUGCCAGACAGCCCGCUCUUCGACCCCACGUCCACAAGCAGCCGGAGAAGACCACCCGAGUCCGGACUGUGCUUAAUGAGAAACAGCUUCACACCUUGAGGACCUGCUACGCUGCCAACCCCAGACCCGACGCCCUCAUGAAGGAGCAACUGGUGGAAAUGACUGGCCUCAGCCCGAGGGUCAUCAGGGUCUGGUUUCAAAACAAGCGAUGUAAGGACAAAAAAAGAAGCAUCAUGAUGAAGCAGCUUCAGCAACAGCAGCCCAAUGACAAAACUAAUAUUCAAGGGAUGACAGGAACCCCUAUGGUGGCUGCUAGUCCUGAGAGACAUGAUGGGGGUUUACAGGCAAACCCAGUGGAAGUGCAGAGUUACCAGCCGCCUUGGAAAGUACUGAGUGACUUCGCAUUGCAGAGUGACAUAGAUCAACCUGCUUUUCAGCAGCUAGUUAAUUUUUCAGAAGGAGGACCUGGUUCCAAUUCUACUGGAAGCGAAGUAGCAUCAAUGUCCUCUCAGCUUCCAGAUACACCUAACAGCAUGGUAGCCAGUCCUAUUGAGGCAUGAGGAACAAUUCAGAUUUUUUUAUUAUUAUUUUCCCCUUUUGAAGAAAUCGGGGAAGUUAUCACAUUGGGACUCUUGAAACUUAAAAGUAUUUAACAAACCUGUAAUUACCCUAACAAAGAAUGCUCCAUGAAAUGCACGGAGUCUUGUUAUAAAUGACAAAGUGAAAUGGUAGCAACACUGUGAAGACAAUCAUGGGAUCUUACUAGAAUAAUAAUAAUUUAAAAGAGUAAAUAAACACACAUGAUAUCCAAUGAUCACAGGAGCAUCGAAAAGACGUUUUUAAAACGUAGAGGAUUUGUAUUCAUGGAUCUCAGAAAAAGAAGAGGAAACAUCUUUUCAUUUGACUGAACAUAUUAGAAAGAAACCGAGAUACAGAGACUGUCGAUCUAGUCCACCCUAAUCUGAAUGGUGCUGUUUCUUAUUGGGCAUUGACUUGCCAAAAAGGAACUCUAAUAGGUUUCACAACAUCAGGAAAAGACAAUCUGGCCCCGCAUGGUUGAAAGAUUCAUUGCAGGAAGCAGGAGCUGCGUUGGUUUGCAAUGUUUUUUUUUUUUAAUUGUUUGGGGGUUUUUUUAGUUGACUCUUACGGGGUUGUUUCCUGGGUCUCUUAUAGCAUGUACUGUAGAUGGGGUUUUGGUUUUGCUGAGAUCCAUCCUCUAUUGAGAAGUCUGAAGCGACUUUAAAAUAGGUUUUUGAAUGCCUAUUUAAAAACCGACUUAUAAAGCAUUGCAACAAGGUAUACCUCUAUUUUGCCACAAAGCGUCUCGGGAUUGUGUUUGAAUUGUGUCCGUCCAAGAACUUUUUUCCCCCCAAAGAUGUGUAUAGUUAUUGGUUAAAAUGACUGUUUCUCUUUCUCUCUCUCUCUCUCUCUCUGGAAAUAAAGAGGAAAAAAGAAAGAAAAGUUUUGUUUGCUCUUGCAUUGCAAAAGUUAUAAAGUAAUUUAUUAUUUAUUAUUGGAAGACUUGCCACUUUUCAUGUCAUUUGACUCUAUUUUUUGUUUUUGUUUGCUAAAGUAAAAAAAGAAAAGGUUGUACCGUGGUCUUUGAAUUAUAUGUCUAAAUCUAUGUGGUUUUGUCUUUUUUUCUUAAAUAUUAUGUGAAAUAAAAGCGCCAUAUGCAGAAUUAUUAUAUCUUCAGAACUAUUUCACUAAAUAAGCGUUUGGAAUAUAGAGAAAAUAAAACUAAUAAAAGUUUCCUCUUUUAUAUAUUUACAAGUUCACAGCUAAAUACCUGAAAUAAAAUAUUGCAUACAAAGUUGAUUCGUAUUGAAAUAUAGAGUAUGAUAUUUUAUUGCAAGUAUUAAUAACCAGCUUGUAAAUUUCAAUUUUGAACAACUAUAUUAGGGCUGGUAUGAUGCCUUAAAAAAUUGAUAAUGUUGCAAGCAUUCCCUUCCCCCUCUUCUCCUGCCCUUUAACAGUAAUAUUACUGUAGGCAUGACCAGACAAUGUUGAGACACCUAAAGAACUGACAUAGCCAACAGAGCUCAGCUUUUCUGAACUGUAUUAUUUUUUAAAAAAGUGCUGUAUACCAAAGCCUCCUUGUUAAGAUUGUUCAAGUGGCCUGUAUUAAAAGUAUAAGCGCCUGAUAAAAGGGACAUAUUUUGCUUAGUAUGAAUAUUAUUUAUCAGUGUCUGCUGUCAAAAUGAUUGAAAAAUGCUGCAAGAGGAAUAGACUUGAUUGGAUGUUGCUGUGAAAUUUCACCAUUGGUGUUUCUGUUAUUUUCUUUUGACUUCCUUUCCUUGCUGCCUUCCCCUCCUGUUUUCUUCCUUUUUAAUUUGGGGGAGGGGUGGAAGGUGGUGGUGAAAGCUAGAAACAUGGGAGAUUUGUUGGGGGGGGGGGAGCAGAAAACUAUAGGAGAGGGUACGAUUUUUUCUCCUUUUCAAGUAUUUCUUCAUGCUCACAGCCAUUACAGGACAAAGGAUUGCUUAAAAAAAAUCUUUAACAACUGAAAUACACAAAGACUUUGAGUCUGACAAAGACAAAUUGGUUUGCAUGACAGUUUCUCCAAAGUUUCAUGUUUUCUUAACAUAAUCUUGUUUUCUCUUUGCCUCCCCUCAUGCUCCCCAUCAUCCUAACCCACCCCAGCUAGUCAAACUAUAGAAAAACAUUUCAGGGAGGGGAAGGGGGAGUUAAAAGCCUCAUAUAAGGAUUUCAAUCACCCUGAUAAGAAACUGGAUUCAUUUUGUAUGCUCAAGUGUAAUACAUUUUUGAAUACUUGAUAAAUAUUUAAAUAAAUAUUAAAUCUACCUUAAACUGUGUGAGGAGUAACACUUGUAUUUUCAUACAGGAUCCUCGGGUUGAUAAAUAUCGUGGGGUUGGGAGAGGACAGCAUAUCAUUAUUCAGUUUGGUCCAAUGCAUGUUUAAAUUUCUUCUACUAUUAAAGAGAGGGAAUUUAGCACUCAGUUCUAGGAGGAACCUGGCUUGUGAACUGAAAACUCUGGUUAAGGGCAAGACUGGGCUCUUUACAUGUGGCCUUUCUUUCCCUCUUUCUGACAAACUGCACUGCACACAGGAAACAAAAUAACUUCUCAUUGAAAAUAGUGGGAAUACUAUUGCAUUAGACUUGCCUGUUGAUUGAUAUGUUUAAUUUGUGACAAAUGCUCCAGUUUAGCCCUCCUAGAGUAAGAAUAACUCCCAUUUAAAUCAAAAUGAGGGCAUACUGAUCAGGAUUAGUCUCAAUAUUGCUGAGAGUUGGAAUGUCCUGGCCUAGUUGUUUAUAGACAAUAAAAGAUGCAAGUUUCUUAUUUUUCUCGAUUAUAAGGCUUGGCUUUGGUUUUCAUUUUUCACGGUUUCAUUUUUCAUAUUUGAAUUUUACAUUUCUAAAUAGCCAUGUGUCUCCCAGCUAUAUAUACAACAAUCCCUUCGAGUUUGCUGUGCAAUAUAAAGUAUUGUGAGAAUCUAGAAUACACUGCAGAGCUUCUGGAAGUUUGUGGCAAUUUGACCCUUUGAUGUAAAGUUAAAAUGUAAUUAUUUUUCCUUGGGAAA